UACCCGUUACUGAAAAAAGUAACAGCGUUACUGAUGGCAACUAACACCGUUAUUCCCAUCACUGCUUAUAAUGUGUGAUAUAUUUUAAAUUCUUUCAAGUGGAAAAAGUGCUGCAGCUAGUACUAAGUGCAUAUUCAAAUACAAAGACAAAUGCAGUCAAAACCUCUAACACAGUCCUGAGGAGUGCCAUCAGAUCUCAGUUCCCUGUUAAAAAGAGAACUGCUUGUGUCAAUAUAUUUUCACACAGUUCAGAGCUACUACACACAACUACAGAGACUCUCGCAAAGCACUGAUCACCUCAGAGACUUAAAGACCCAAAUAAACCUCCAAUACAGAUAAAAAUCAUGGAUGCAGUCUAUGCGAGUACGGAUGAAGUAUUAGCUUGUCGCAGAAAGUCUAAAAGGGAGCAUCAAACUGUGGAAGACAUUUAUGUGAAUCAUGAAGUGAUCCAAACCGUACAACGUAAAACAACUGGACCUUCACCCCCAGGUUCUGAAGAUGUAAAGAAGAGUUACUGGAGAGCUGCUGUGAUUCUUCUGGGUCUGCUGUGUCUUUUCCUCCUGACUGGACUCAUAGCUGUGGUUUUUCUAUUCACCCAAGGCAAAUCUCAGUGGAAAAUGGAGACAGUGAUACUACACAAGCUUGCUGACAACGUGACCAGCGAGAGAAACCAGUUACAGACCAGUUUCAACAAUCUGGUUAAAGAGAGAGACCAGCUCCAGAAAAGAUUGGAAGACAUGACCACAAGCAGAGACAAUCUUCAGAGAAAGCUUCAAUAUUGCCAAGAAACAUGGGUGGCCUUCAGUGAUAGUUUGUACCAAAUUUCUUCAGAGCAGAAAUCCUGGGAAGAAAGUAGACGAGACUGCCUUAAAAAAGGUUCAGACCUGAUGAUCAUCAACAGCCGAGAAGAACAGAACUUUGUGAACAAGUUUAAGAAGCAUUUGUGGAUUGGACUGACUGACUCAGAGACAGAGGGGACAUGGAGAUGGGUGGAUGGGACUCAAAUGUCUUCAACAAGCUACUGGAAUAGUGGGGAACCAAAUGGUGGCAGAAAUGAAAACUGUGGAGAGAUAAAAACUUACAACUCAGAAAACAGCUGGAACGAUGAAUCAUGUUCCAAUGCAAAAUUCUGGAUAUGUGAGAAGAGAGUUUCUCCAUAAUUUAACAUCCACGCCCAACAAAUACUGCAGAACACAGAGCCAUGAGAUCAACUUCUGAAAUGAAGCUGAACAGAAAGCAGUGGACACUUACAGCGAGUAAAAUAAGUCACCAAUUUUCUGAGUAAAUAUAUUUCUAAAGGUAUAAUUAACAUAAAAUUCUUGCCAUGUCAGUAACAAUCCAUCCAGUCCAUACAAGUCAUUAUUACAAGCAUGUAUAAUAAUGAAAAAUGACACGGAAAAAGUAUUGAACACAUGAAAAAGGUGCAAAAAGGCAUGGAGAGCUGUGACACCAGCUGAACUGUAUUAGUAAUAAGAAAGCAAUUCUGUCACUUAGGCAAAUUACUAUCAGCUGGUUCAGUCUCAACUGAUGGGCUAUAAAAAGCUGUGUCAUUACUGAGGUUUUGCUUAACAAACAUCUCAGGAUGGUUAUUGUAUUGUAUUGUAUCUUUAUUUGUUUCAGACAUAUAAAACAAAAAACAAUAUAUACACACUACAUAUAUUUUCAUUUACAGAUACGAAUAUAUAUGUAGAUAUACACACACACACGUAUGUGUUCAGAUAAACAAAAAAUAUAUAAUGAAAUAAAACAAAAUCGUCUGACAUAAUGUAACAAUGUUUGGUCUGAAAAGGAGUAGGAAGAAGUAUGAACAUACUUAUUAAUUCCUACCCCUGCUCAACAUCUUAUUGAUCCCACAUAAUUCACCUAAUUCCCAUCAUCACAUACUCCACACGAUACACGAGGAGAACCUAUAUAAACUUGGCUACCGUGAUUGAUAUAAUUUGGAUAUAAUUUGAUAUUUUUAUACAUACAAUGGGUGAUCAUCUUUAUCGGUAUCAUAUUCUUCCAAAAUCAGUUUUCGAAGUAUUUUCAUGAACUUACUAAUUCCUGAGCAUUGCUGUAGAUCUAUAGUAAAACUAUUCCACAGUUUUACCCCAUAAAUAGUGACACAAAAGGUUUUAACCUUUGACCGUGCUUUAAGAAUCCUUAGAUUCAAUUUCCCCCUCAAUUCAUAGUCUCCUUCUCUGUCAUAGAACAUCCUCUGUAUAUUUCCUGGUAACAUAUUGUAUCUGGCCUUGUACAUAAUUUUUGCAGUUUUAUAUUUUAUAAGAUCCAUAAACUUCAGUAUUUUUAAUUUCAAAAACAUGAUGUUAGUAUGGUCUCUAAAUCCUGCUUUAUUAAUCAUCCUGAUUGCUUUUUUUUUAAUUUUACAUAUUGGUUGAAGUGCAGUUUUAUAUGUGUUUCCCCAAAUUUCCACACAGUAUUCCAAAUAUGGCAAUAUAAGUGAACAAUAAAGUACCCGGAGUGAUUUGGAAGGCAAAAAAUAUUUAACUUUACUCAGUACGGAGAUGCUUCUUGACAGUUUGGCUUGUAUAUGCUUUAUGUGAGGUUUCCAAUGUGGUCUCUUGAGACUGUUGCAACACAUAUUGAUAACAGAAGAAUUUCUAAACUACUGAAGGUUCCAGUGAGCACUGUUGGGGUAAAAAAAGAAGUUGAAAGAACAUCAUUAUACCAUAAAUCGAUCAAGACCUGACGAUCCCAAAAAGAUUUUAGAAAGAGAAGUGAAAACGAUUAUUAAAAGAGAUGUUCAAGGCCAAGGACCCCUUGCAGAAAGCUACAGAAAUUAGCUGAUACAUUCAUUUCAAAGGAAAUAAGUAAAGCACACAACUGUCAUGGCCUGUGUAAACGUUCAAUGUGGAAUACUCCAUUGGUGAAGAAAUAGCAUAUUAAAGCGCAUUCAGAGUUUGCUGAACCACACUUUGACAACCCUGUGAAAUACUGUUAGAAUAUAGUCUGGCCAGAUGAGACUAAUACAUAGCAUGUUUGAAGGUCAAAAGUCAUAUCACCCAAUAAACACCACACAAAUAAUGAAGUUUGGAGGUGGGUUCAUCAUAAUGUUGGGUUAUUUUAUUUUUCAACAUUCAGCACUGGCAUCUUUCAUAUAAUUGAAAGGAGGAUGAAUGUAAAAAUGUACUGUCGCGAAAUCGAUCAAUGUAGAGCAGUGUCACAACCCACGGAGG